AUGGGUGCAUUAAGUAGUAGUGUUCGAAAAGAAUCGAGACCUGAUUGGAUUGAACCAACCUCAACACGUAAAGGUGAUACUGUUCAACAUAGUCGUUUAACAGCAUUUCUCCAAGACAAAUGUUUCGCUGAGAAAUUAACAAAUUUUCGUUGGCGACGAAAAUACCGACAAAUAUCACGCGAAGAUCAGCAUGCUUUUUGCAAUCUCAUCAGUCACUGGACAAGUACUGAACUUGUUGCUUUACUUAUGGAAAUGGAAAGUGCCUGUGGAGUGCGGGAAUUGAUUUCGAUGGCUGAAGAAGCGCGACCUAGCACAUCUGUUUUAGCAACAGAUCUGCUGAAUGCAUGGAAAAAUGAAGUAGUUUCUGACUGCUUUAUUAUACAUAAGGAAUUCCGCUAUGCUGCUCAUUCUUUUAUACUUCGAGCACGUUGUCGUUAUUUUUCUGAUUUAUGGAAUUCGCUAGUUACACAGCAGUCAGGUGAUGCAAAAUUGGAAAUUCUAUUCACGGAUAAUAGCAUAUCAUCAGAAACAUUUCAAGCAAUGUUGUACUAUAUUUAUUCUGGUGAAUACGAUAAAUCAUUAUGUGAUUUCAAUCGGCAGUCAUUUAAUGCCAUUUUGCAAAGAUAUGGUUGUGGUUCAUCGCUUUCCGGUGACCUUAUGGCAGCAGAUUCCCAGAGAGGCGAAUGUACUUUGGUUUUUACAACAGGAAACAGAGAAGGGAGUCAUAAUGGAGAUCGUGAUUAUCGGGUGAAAUGUUCGGCAGUAGUUCUGGCAGCACGAUCCAGUUAUUUGCGAUCUAUGAUAGAAAAGCGUAUUUUAUGUAAUGAAAAGUUGGAAAUUGUCAUCAAUGAACAUCUUUUUCCACGCAUAUAUGCACGCAUUAUUUUGGAUGCGAUUUACACGGAUCGAUUGGAUUUGAAUAAG